AUGGUGCUCUUCUUCAAGUCGACUUCGGUGGAUCCGCCGGUCACGCUCUAUAUGGGCAAAGACAAGGUCGAAAAUGAAGAACUUAUCAAAUAUGCUUGGCCACAAGACGUGUGGUUCCAUGUCGACAAACUCUCGUCCGCACACGUGUAUCUGAGGAUGCCGGAGGGGAUGUCAUGGGAGAGCAUUCCAGAGCCGCUCCUCAUAGAUUGUGCGCAGUUGGUCAAAGCUAAUUCCAUCGAAGGAAACAAGAAGGAUAACCUGACGAUUAUCUAUACCCCCGCCGACAAUCUCAAGAAAACUGGAGACAUGGCGGUCGGGCAAGUCUCGUUCCACAAUGAUAAGCAGGUCAAGCGAAUACAUGUUCCUAAGCGAGAAAAUCCCAUUGUAAACCGUCUCAGCAAGACGAAAGUCGAACGACAGGUCGAUCACGAGCAAGAGCGAAUUGAUCGCAUCAAGGAAGAAAACGCAAUACAAAGAGCGGCGGCUGCGGCAAAGAAAAAGGCUGAUGCGGAGCUCGCGCUAGCCCGAGAGGCAGAAAAGGCCGCGAGGUCGUAUGAUACGCUCUUCAGUCAAGAAGAUGACCAGGGAGACGAGCCUGUCAAGAGGUCGGUCCGGGAGAUGGAAGAAGAUUUCAUGUGA